GUUCGGCCAGCCGUCAAAGUUGCAGCAUUAGCUCUACACUCAAUCAUGGCCAACAUUAACCCACAUGAGACUGAAAAAAUUCUGGUGAAGGUAGAAAGAAAGAAACCUGAAGAAACAGCAACCGAACAAUGUGCCAGUAUUUUUGAUCUCCGUUUUGAUCCAAGACAAAAUAAGGAUUCUCAUAAGAAUCUCUAUCCACAGAUUCUAGCCUGUAUUGCAGCAGCUUCAUUUCAUCUUCCAGUUGGUAUAGUUGUGGCCUUCUCCGCCAUAUUAAUUCCUCAACUAGAAGCUCCUGAUUCUGAAAUACCUGUGACAAAAGAUCAAACUGCUUGGAUUGCUAGUCUUGCUGUUCUGGUAGUGCCGUUUGGUGCAUUUCUUUGUGGAACUCUAGUCGAUAAAAUAGGAAGGUUAAAUACAAUAAAGGUGGCUUGUGUACCAUAUAUGAUUGGAUGGGUCCUUAUCGCAACUGCUUCAAACAUUUAUAUGAUUUACAUUGGAAGAUUUCUUACUGGAUUUGCAAUUGCUAUGGGUCCAAGUCCAGCUAUUGUAUAUAUUACAGAAGUUGCACGUGCAGAUUUACGAGGAUCUCUUAUUUGUACUGGUCCAUCAAUGACAUCCUUAGGGAUGUUAUUCGUUUACAUAAAAGGAUCAAUGUUACCUUGGAGGAUAGUUGCUUGGACAGGUAUUCUUUACUGUGCCAUUCCUGUAUUUCUAAUGUUCCUCUGGUCACCUGAGAGUCCAUUGUGGCUUUGCUCAAAAGGUAGAACUGAAGAAGCCCUCAAGGCACUCCAGUUCUUAGCCAGAAAAGAAACUGAGCAAGGACUUCCUGAGAAACAGUUGGCUCAAAUGCAAAGAGAAGUUAACUCGAAAAAACCAGCUGUACCAACAUCGAUGUUCAUGACUAUUAUUAAAGGAUAUUCCAAGCCUACUGGUUACAAACCACUGUUAAUUCUUAUUGCUCUUUUCUUCUUCCAACAAUACGCUGGCAUUUAUAUUACAAUUUUCUAUGCUGUCACCUUCUUUGAGGAAGUAAAGAGUGGAUUUAAUCCUUAUGUGUCUACCAUCCUUAUCGGUUUAAUCAGAAUGUUAAUUGGACUUCUGACCAGUGUAUUAUUGCAAAGGUUUGGAAGGAGGACAUUGUGUAUGUGCAGUGGCACAGGAAUGGCUAUUGUUUUGACAAUAUCGGGUUAUUAUACAUGGCAAAUAGCCACAGGUGUAAUUGAGCACAGUAUUAUUCCUGUGAUUUGUAUGUUAACAUACAUGUCACUCAGUGUUAUUGGUCUGAUGAGUAUACCUUGGACUAUGACUGCAGAAUUGUUUCCAAUGGAGAUAAGAGGAUUUUCUCAAGGUUUCAUUGUCUCCUUAGCACAUGUUAUAAUGUUCUCAGCACUUCAAAUCUACAGGACACUUCCCGAUCUUCUCGGCGGUUCUCACGGGGUCCAGUGGCUCUUUGCUGGAAUGUCAAUGCUUUCAGUUCUAUUUGUAUUCAUUUUCCUUCCAGAAACCCAUAAAAAAAUGCUCUAUGAGAUUCAGGACUAUUUCAACAACAAUACUAUUUAUUUAAUGCAAAAACCUACGAAAAAAACUCGUUCACCUACCAACAAUAAUAGAAAUAAUGUUGUGUAAUUGAAUACAAGAUAAUGUACAAUUUUUUUUACAUAAUGUUCAAUGGGUAAAUGAUACCUUUUUUAAAAUAUCUCAAUUUCUCUUAAACCCUAUUAUUGAGAAGAGAAAAAACUUACAAAUGUGAUAAAAUAUACAUAUAUUUAUAUUACAAAGAAAGAAAGAAAUGGAAAUAUAAACUGUUAAUUAUUCUUUUAUUUGUAAACUUAAUUUGAUUAAGAUACUUAAUAGGUUACUUUAGUAAAAUUAUUUCACUUUAAAAUUAAAAGCAAAUAAAGGUUACUUUAGUUUUAUUUUUAAUUUUAAUUUGAACUUUUUAUUUUAGAACUUUCUUUGCUGUUGGUGAUGUUUUUACUGAGAGACAUAUUUAUUUUAGUUUGAUUAUAUUGAUUUUGAACAAAAUUUAUUUUUGUAUAAAUCAUGAACAAAAAUUUUAAAAAGUUACAUUAAAAUGUCAUCUUCCUUUUUCUUUGAGACUUGUGCAUUCAUCUCAUGUUCUGUUUUUUAUUUAUUUCAUAACUUUACAUAAUAAUAGACAAGGUGAAGCUAUGAUAAUUAAUGUGAUAUUUAAUGACAAACUGUUAUCAUAAAUGCAUCUCUGUUUUUUACUUUGAUGCAUCUUUUGUUAGACCUGUCUAAUGUAGAUGUAACAGUAAGCUUGAAAUUUCAGUUGUAAAAAAUAAAACUCUUCCAUUUCUGUAAGUAAUUAAUUUCAAACAUAGCCUAAAGUAAAUUUUUAAAUGAAAUCAAUUGACUGAAUGUAGUUAGUCAUAUCAAGUUAUUCUUUUGAUAGUUAUGCAUAUAGCAUAAGCUUGCUGCAUUUUUGUUUUAAAAUAAAGUUUUGCCUUCAGUAAACCCAGAUUUUCUUCCAAAUUGAUUUAUGAUAGAAAUAUCUGGACUGAUUCUCAUAUUGUUAGUAUUAUAAAACAUUUUUAAGACAGCUACCAAAGCGAGAAGAUAAGUGAUUAUUUUUUUUACAGAUAUAUUUAAGAAUAUAUGAAUAUUAUUAAGUAAAAAUUAUUUUUAAGUAUUUAAACUUUUUUUUUAUAAUGAUAAAUUUGUAUUUUUACAAUACAGAAUAAUACUGUUUGUUUUAUUGAUUUUAA